UGUUCAUCUCUCUAGGGUUUUGCUCGAUUACAUGAAGUGGUUGCUUUAAUACCUUCAGCAGCAGGCAGACAUGCAGAUUACAGAGCUAGAGCCACUCGCCCUAGGAAAGGAGUAAAAUAACUCAAUAUCUUUAGAAGACUGACUGGCUGGGGGAGGUGAAUGCGCUAUUCUUGUAUCCGUAAAAAGGCUGCGUUAAAUAACGACAACGCAUAACACAGCAGAGGUGAGGCAAACAAACGGCCCUUGCCAGAGAGGUUGGGUGGGUGAGAAGACUGCAACUCGUGCACGAACAGCAGCAUCGUAUAGCAUUUAGAGAUGAAAGUGAAGCAAGGCUGCGCCGCGGAUGUUCCGUGUACGACCGAAGAGGUUUUGUUAAACAGCACAGAAAUAACGCCGGAGGAUGUACUCGGGCUGCAGAAGAUCACAGACAAUUACCUCUGUGGUCCAGAGCAGAACAUACACAAGAUCGACUUCACCAGGUUCAAAAUCCGAGACAUGGAGACAGGCACGGUUCUUUUUGAGAUCACCAAACCCCCUACAGCAGAGAGUGGGGAGGGCAGAACGGACUUUGACCAGAACGCCGGGCGCUUUGUGCGUUACCAGUUCACGCCCGCUUUCCUCCGACUACGCCAGGUUGGCGCCACGGUGGAGUUCACUGUAGGCGAUGUUCCCAUCAACAACUUCCGAAUGAUCGAGAGGCACUAUUUCCAUGGGCAGCUGCUGAAGAGCUUUGACUUUGAGUUUGGUUUCUGCAUCCCGAGCAGUAAGAACACCUGUGAACACAUCUAUGAGUUCCCAUCACUCUCUGAAGAAAUAAUGCGUGAAAUUAUCCUUCACCCUUAUGAGACGCAAUCUGACAGCUUUUACUUUGUGGACAACAAGCUUGUGAUGCACAAUAAGGCAGAUUAUUCUUACAACGGUGGAUCGUAGGAAGCCAUUCUCACCUUCUGCAUUGAGUUGCAAUGGACCGGCAGAGGAAAGUGGCAUCUAGGCAUCUAAUCUUAUAUGUGAUGAUGCAUUUGGUUAAAACAAACAAAAAACACCCCAAUCUCAGGAUUUGUGUGUGUGUGUGUGUGUGUGUGUGUGUGUGAAAUAAUUCUAAACAACCCUGAUUUUUGACUAAAUGUUCAUACAGCGAUGUCGCUCAAGGCUUCUAAAGCAUAAAAAGAGCAUCAUGUUGAGUGGGUUGGAGAUACAGUGACCAAUGCAGUGUGUAAAGGAAGGGAUACUGUCAGGAACUGUGUAUUUUGCGCUGACAUUGCACCCACUUCCUGUUGGCCUCUACAGAAGGGCCUUGUUUUGCUUUAUUUUUCUCACUUUCAUUUUUGAAUGCUCAUAAUUUGGUCGAUGAUGUAAAUCUAUGUUAUU